AUGGCUCCAGGCGGUAGAAAGAAGGGGAAAAAAGUACCUUCUGGCCCUGUUGCUGACAAGCCAUGCCAUAACUGUCGACGUCGAAGGCUUCGUUGUGAUCGUUUGCUCCCACAUUGUGCAAAGUGCGAAGCCAAAGGCGUUGAGUGUCUUGGCUAUACCCAGAUCUUCCAGUGGACUGGUGCUGUUGCUUCAAGGGGCAGAUUAGCUGGUCAGCAGUCGAGCGCUGCCCUAUACACCCCAGCACGUCCUUCUUCAGCUCGGUCAAGAGCUUCAUUGUCUUCUGUGUCCUCUGUUUCUUCUGCCUCCCCAGCGUCUACAUCCUCCGUCUCCUGCGCAGACUCACCUUCAGUUACUUCAUCACCAGCUUUUAUUGCCCCGAGCCUCUCUCAAGUGGAAGAGGUCACAGAGACCUCAGAAGGCGAGUUCGAGUUAGAGUCCGAGUCGGAACUAGAUCCGAUCAAUGACAUCGACUUUGACAUUGAUCAUGAGAAUGGUGAUGAUGCUGCGACCCCCCUAGCGAGUGGUUAUACACAGCUCGUCUGUACCACCAGCCAUAACCAUCCCCUUGCAUCGGAAACGUCGACGCCGUGGGUGCUCGUCGAUCCCUUGUACCAAGACAUUACGAGCAACCACAGACAGUAUCUCGCUUAUUUUGAUGCGCGGCUCAGUCGAGAUUUUGUAGCCUACGACAUGCCCGACAACCCGUUUCGAAACUUACUCAAAUUCACUCAGGCCCACCCUUUGCUCCGUCAAGUCAUCAUCGCUGCCUCGGCGACGCACAUGUACAACCGGUCCCGGCCGUGGUUGUCCUUGGAAUCACUCGAUAGGGGGCUUGGUCCGAGGAAUUUGCUCAUGGACGCCCUCGAGGCCAAGCAUCAAGUCCUGCGGAUGCUACCGUCCGCAUUGCAGAGCAUUGAGUCUAUUGGGGGCGACAUUGUCCUGGCGGCAAUCCUGUUCUUGAUCAAUGUAGAGCUGAUAGAGUCUGGUAAGCAUAACUGGAAAGCUCACUUCGAUGGCGCCGGCAAGAUCAUGAAGCUGCUGGGACCAGUAUCAGAUGUAGACGAGAGCCUUCGGGACUAUAUCGUGUCAGAUUGCUUUAUAUACUACAUAUUGGAAUCUACAUUUCGGCCUACACCUUCAGACUCACACUCAUUUUUCGAACAAUGUCAAGCACUAAAAAUCCUCGGCAAAACGACAAAUAGUUACUACUGCUGUCCACCAGAACUACUAGAAAUCAUGCUGAUCGCAUCACGACUUUCCAACACAAAGCCCGACGACGUUGUAUCAGCUGACAUGGUGACAGCAGCUGGAGCAGCAUUACUAGAUCGCGCUCGUAACUUCGACGUUUUCCCUUGGGCGCAAGGAAUCGACAUCGCCAGCAUCUCAAUCAACGAGGAAGAUCCAAUAUUGAGUCGUUUCCGAGUCGCGACAUCUCAUCGCCUCGCCAUCUGCCUCUACAUCUUGAACGCGAUACCAGCAGUGGGUAUCUGGGUAGGUGAAGACCUGGCUGAAGCUGUUUUUGCAGAACUCCAUCAGGUCCUUAGCAUGAUCCCCGACGACGACACCAACUUCAAAGCAACGACGUGGGUCACAUUUGUCUUUGGCGCGUGUGCCAAGACACCCGAGAUGAAGGAUUGGGUUACUGUUCAGAUCAAGAAGCUUAUGCUCGAGUCCCCUUGGGGUUUCCUGUAUGCUGCCAGAGAUGCGCUGCAAAUGCUGUGGAGUGUGCAAGCUGAGGGUAUGCCUAUGACUAGCUGGGUACAGACACUAAGAGAUCUACAUAUGGACUUCUUGAUUGUCUGA